UAAGGGGGAAGUGAUAUCCAUCAACUGUAUCCAUGGCUAGAGUUUCCACCAUUGUAAAACUCAAGUCAACGUCCUUGUUCAUUUUUCUUCUUCUUCUCUUGCAGUUCUCAAUAACCAAAGGUCAUGGUGGACACGAUCACGAAGGGGACAACGGUGACCAUGUAAACUUGCAUGAGCAUGGCUUAAUCUUGGUGAAAAUAUGGUGUUUGAUCAUUCUUCUAGUGAGCACUUUUGCCGGUGGGGUUUCCCCUUAUUUCUAUCGAUGGAACGAAAGUUUUCUCCUCUUAGGCACACAGUUUGCCGGUGGGGUUUUUCUGGGAACCUCUUUGAUGCAUUUCUUGAGCGAUUCUAGUGAAACUUUCGGUGAUCUCACAACCAAAACAUACCCUUUCGCCUUCAUGUUGGCAUCCGUGGGGUAUCUACUCACCAUGCUUGGUGAUUGCAUAAUCAUCAGUGUUACAUCAGGUGGUGAAAGAGACACUAGAGUGCAAAUGGAAGUGGAAGAAGGAAGAACUGCUGAUGACGAGCAUCCCAAAGAUGUAGGAAUCGACUCGAAUAAUCCAGUUUUCUUUAGGACAACGUCCUUAGGAGACACUUUACUCCUUAUUUUCGCCUUGUGUUUUCACUCAGUUUUCGAGGGCAUUGCCAUUGGUGUUGCAGGUACCAAGGGAGAUGCAUGGAGGAAUCUUUGGACAAUUUCACUGCACAAAAUUUUUGCAGCAAUUGCUAUGGGGAUUGCACUGCUGAAGAUGUUACCAAAGCGGCCAUUUUUGUUGACAUGUGCUUACUCUUUUGCAUUCGCUGUUUCCAGCCCCAUAGGUGUAGGGAUCGGCAUUUCCAUUGAUGCCACUACUCAAGGUCAUGUAGCUGACUGGAUUUACGCUAUCUCAAUGGGACUUGCUUGUGGGGUUUUCAUUUAUGUUGCCAUUAAUCAUCUCAUUGCUAAGGGCUUUAAACCACAAGCUAAAUGUUACUUUGACACGCCUUCCUUCAAGUUCCUUGCCGUGCUUCUUGGUGUUUCAGUUAUAGCAGUUGUUAUGAUCUGGGACUGAUAUUGCAAUCCCUCUUUGUAAUCAAUUACUAUCCAUGUAAUUUCAAGAAUUAUCCAUACUGGAGCGUAUUUUGUGAUUUUAUUA